AACAAUACAAACCUUUAUCAUUCACAAAAAGCCAGAGAAUCUCCAACCUCCUUUGUUUGCCACAAAACCCAUUACUUUCUCCCCCUUCACUCUCUUUUUCCCUGAAUUUUAAAUACUUUCUCCUGAAAAUCUCAACUUCAACUAAAUUUCAGUCUUCAGACAUUCACUCAAUACUUUCCGUUUUUUUCACACAUCAAAAUAUCAUCUUACCAACCACUCAAAUGGCCUAAAAAAACCUCCUUUUCUACAAGUGUCUCUCUCUCUCCUCGUUUACAUCAAAGUUUUUUCAGUCAAACAACAAUGGCGGCUUCUUCACUCUCAAAUCUCUACUCUUCAACAACUCUCAAACCCAAAUUCUCCACCUCCACCAAACACGCCCUUACAGGCCCAAAAUCUCUCUCUUUUCGGCCCAUUUCAUCAUUGGCCCGUGACAUCUCAUCUGAUCUCUCAACUUCUUCUACAUCUUCUUCUUCCUCCAACAAUAAUCUUCCUUCUUUACAGAAGAAAAAACUUGAUGGGCUUUUGGAAAAAGACCCACGGGCCUUGUGGGCCCGUUACGUGGACUGGUUGUACCAGCACAAAGAAUUGGGCCUUUACUUGGAUGUUAGUAGAAUCGGGUUUAGUGAUGAGUUUGUUAAGGAAAUGGAGCCCCGUUUUAUGAAAGCUUUUAAAACAAUGGAGGAACUUGAAAAAGGCGCCAUUGCUAACCCUGAUGAAGGUAGAAUGGUGGGUCAUUAUUGGUUGAGGAAUUCAACUCUUGCUCCUACUCCUUUUUUGAAGACACAGAUUGAUGUUACUCUUGAUCGUGUUUGGGAUUUUGCUCAAGAUGUUAUUUCUGCCAAGAUUAAAGCCCCGACUGGAGAACGAUUUACCCAAAUACUGUCUGUGGGAAUUGGUGGUUCAGCGCUCGGGCCUCAAUUUGUUGCAGAGGCAUUGGCUCCUGACAAUCCUCCCCUCAAGAUAAGAUUUAUUGACAAUACAGACCCAGCUGGCAUUGAUCAUCAAAUUGCACAGCUUGGUCCUGAGCUAGCUUCAACACUUGUAAUCGUUAUAUCAAAGAGUGGUGGUACACCAGAAACAAGAAAUGGUCUAUUGGAAGUACAAAAGGCCUUCCGUGAAGCUGGAUUGGAAUUUGCAAAACAGGGUGUUGCUAUUACACAAGAAAACUCAUUGUUAGAUAACACAGCACGAAUUGAAGGCUGGUUAGCUAGAUUUCCCAUGUUUGAUUGGGUGGGUGGUAGAACUUCUGAAAUGUCUGCAGUAGGUCUACUUCCAGCUGCCCUUCAGGGAAUUGACAUAAAAGAAAUGCUUGCCGGUGCAGCUUUAAUGGAUGAGUCAACUAGGAUUCCUGUACUGAGAGAGAAUCCGGCUGCAUUGCUGGCUAUGUGCUGGUACUGGGCUUCAGAUGGUGUCGGUUCCAAGGAUAUGGUUGUCCUUCCUUACAAGGACAGUCUAUUACUGUUUAGCCGAUAUCUGCAACAGCUGGUCAUGGAAUCACUUGGAAAGGAGUUUGACCUCGAUGGAAAUCGGGUGAACCAGGGGCUCACUGUCUAUGGAAAUAAGGGAAGCACAGAUCAGCACGCUUACAUUCAACAAUUGAGGGAUGGUGUCCACAACUUCUUUGCCACAUUUAUUGAAGUACUGCGUGAUAGACCUCCAGGUCAUGACUGGGAGCUUGAACCAGGUGUCACAUGUGGUGAUUAUCUCUUUGGAAUGUUACAGGGGACAAGGUCAGCUCUAUAUGCAAAUAAUCGUGAAUCUAUAUCUGUCACUGUUCAAGAAGUGACACCUAGGUCAGUUGGCGCAAUGGUAGCACUAUAUGAACGAGCUGUUGGGCUAUAUGCCUCACUAGUCAACAUCAAUGCAUAUCACCAACCAGGUGUCGAGGCGGGUAAAAAAGCAGCAGCAGAGGUAUUAGCUCUUCAGAAACGGGUUCUGGCGGUGCUCAACGAGGCGAGUUGCAAGGAGCCUGUUGAGCCAUUGACGAUUGAAGAAGUGGCGGAGCAUUGCCAUUGCCCUGACGAUAUUGAGAUGAUCUACAAGAUCAUUGCCCACAUGGCAGCCAAUGAUAGAGUGGUUCUUGCUGAAGGCAACUGUGGUUCUCCUCGGAGCAUCAAGGCCUUCCUCGGAGAAUGCAACGUCGAUGAACUAUAUGCAUAGGUUACAUAAAAAAUAUAACAGCGAAAAAAUGAGACAACAAAAAACAAAAUUUUCGAGUGUUGGACCCUGUGGUUGGGGGAUUUGUGUGUCUGGCAGUUCUGCUUGACUGAAUAGUGGUAUUCUUUCCUGGUUUCUAAUAUAACUUCUCUUAUAGAUAACUUAAACCAACGUUAGUAUUAUGUCAUAAACUGCAUAUUGCAGGCAACAGUGCUCAGUGCACAAGGGAAACAAGAAGAUUGAGAAAGAUCUAUGCCAAUUUUGAUUGAUUUAA